CUGUACCAUGACGACAGCCUUCCUUCACUUCUUCUUCCUGGCGUCGUUCUGCUGGGUCCUAACGGAGGCUUGGCAGUCCUACAUGGCCGUCACUGGGAAAGUCCGCACCAGGCUCAUCAGGAAGAGGUUCCUCUGUCUGGGAUGGGGAUUACCUGCCUUAGUGGUUGCCGUCUCAAUGGGAUUCACCAAAGCAAAAGGCUAUGGGACACCCCAAUACUGCUGGCUAUCUCUAGAAGGUGGUCUCCUGUAUGCCUUUGUUGGACCGGCAGCAGCAGUGGUUCUGGUCAACAUGGUGAUUGGCAUCCUGGUGUUCAACAAGCUGGUCUCCAGAGACGGGAUUCUGGAGAAGAAGCCGAAGCAUCGAGCUGGACCGAUGAACGAGCCCCAUACAGGGUUAACUCUGAAAUGUGCCAAAUGUGGCGUGGUGUCCACCACUGCUCUCUCUGCAACUACAGCCAGUAAUGCCAUGGCCUCUCUGUGGAGUUCCUGUGUGGUUCUGCCUCUGCUGGCUCUGACCUGGAUGUCUGCAGUGCUGGCCAUGACAGACAAGCGCUCCAUCCUAUUUCAGAUCCUCUUCUCUGUCUUCGACUCGUUGCAGGGCUUUGUCAUCGUCAUGGUGCACUGUAUCCUGAGGAAAGAGGUCCAAGAUGCUUUCAGAUGUCGUCUCAGGAACUGUCAGGACCCCAGAAACUGUCAGGACCCCCUCAACGCUGACAACACUGGGACUUUCCCCAACGGUCAUGCUCAGAUUAUGACGGACUUUGAGAAAGACGUUGACAUCGCCUGUCGUUCAGCUCUCCACAAAGACAUGGGCUCUUGCCGCGCGGCGACCAUCACCGGCACCCUAUCCCGCAUCUCUCUGAAUGACGAGGAGGAUGAGAAGGGUCCCGAGGGGCUCAACUACUCCACCUUACCCGGCAACAUCAUCUCCAAGGUGAUGAUCCAGCAGCCCGGCAUGCACAUGGGCCCCAUGGGCGACAUGGGUGAGGGCUGCCUGGGCGACAGCGUGUCCGACAUGCGCCGCACCGUCUACCUGUGCACCGAUGAUGCUCUCCGUCAGUCCGACCAGGAUAUGGGCGGGCACGGGCACGGCGGGAUGGGCAGUGGCCACGACAUGGGCAGCAUGGGCGGUAUGGGUGGUAUGGGCGGACAUUCACCCCAAGGCCAGAUGAUGGAGACAGACUACAUCGUGAUGCCACGGGCUUCUGCGGCGGCAGCAGGAUCUGGGAACUGUAACACACUUCCCACUCUCCUGAAGGACGAUAGCUCCACCAAGAUGAACAUGGGCCUGGGCAUGGGAGAUACGCUGCCCCACGAUAGGAUGAUGCAACACUACAAGAUGGCACCGGACUUCAACAUGAGCCCGACGGGGAUGGGCGGGAUCGGGGUCAUGGAGCACAUGAACAUGGGGGUGAACAUGGAUCAGAACCUGCACCAGCAGUACGGGUCAGGAGGAGGACAGGAACACAUGCAGCAGAACCUGCCCUUUGAACCCCGAACCGCUGUCAAGAACUUCCUGGCUGAGAUGGAAGAGACUGGAGGGCUGUCGAGGAGCGAGACGGGAUCCACCAUAUCCAUGAGCUCCUUAGAGAGAAGAAAAUCGCGCUACCAAGAUAUGGACUUUGAAAAAGUCAUGCACACCAGGAAAAGACACAUGGAGCUGUUCCAAGAACUGAAUCAGAAAUUUCAAACCCUGGAUCGAUUUCAAGACAUACCAAAUAUGGGCAGCAUGGACAAGGCCAUGGCCAACAAGAACCCCUGGGAGAGCUACAACCCAGCCUGUGAGUACCAGAACUACACCAGUAUGAAUGCACUAGACCCUGACCCCAAGGACUCUCUGGAGAUGACCGCAGCAGAGUGGGAGAAGUGUGUCAAUCUCCCCUUAGACGUCCAGGAAGGAGACUUCCAGACAGAGGUCUGAUCUGAUCUAAACAAACCAGGAAAUGAGUCCAAAAUGGCACCCUAUUCCCAAUGAAGUGCACUACUUAUGACCAGGUCCUAUAGGCCUCUUUUUCACCAGUACCCAUAGGGCUCUUUUGAACAGGACUCAUAGGGCUCUGGUCAAAAGUAGUGCACUAUAUAGGGAAUAGGGUGACAUUUUGGAUGCACUCCAGGAAGGAGACUUCCAGGAAGUAAAACCCAGGAAGAGGAUAACCAGGAGAAAAUGAUAUCCAGGACAUGGAGGAAAGGGGAAAGGAUGUAUUUUGCACU